CCAGGAGGAGGCGACGGCGGCGGCUGGGAGCGCUGCGUGCUGGGGGCGAGGUGGUGUUUGGGCUUCAGGGCCCUCCUUCUUUUGAAGUGAGCACUUCUGCAUCUGCCGGCAGGAACAGGAGGAGCCGGUGGUGACAGGCCAGACUCUCCGCGGCUGCCCUCACGCAUCCUCCAUAAUGGCAACAUCAUCUGAGGAAGUGUUACUAAUAGUAAAGAAGGUGCGCCAAAAGAAACAGGAUGGCGCUCUUUAUCUCAUGGCUGAAAGAAUAGCCUGGGCACCUGAGGGCAAGGACCGGUUUACAAUCAGCCAUAUGUAUGCAGAUAUAAAAUGUCAGAAAAUCAGUCCUGAAGGAAAAGCUAAGAUUCAGCUUCAGUUGGUACUGCACACAGGAGACACAACCAACUUCCAUUUCUCUAAUGAACGUACAGCAGUGAGAGAGCGAGAUGCAGUAAAGGAUCUUCUCCAGCAAUUGUUACCUAAGUUCAAGAGGAAAGCUAAUAAAGAACUUGAAGAAAAAAACAGAAUGCUGCAAGAAGAUCCUGUUUUGUUUCAGCUUUAUAAAGACCUUGUUGUGAGUCAAGUGAUCAGUGCUGAAGACUUCUGGGCCAACCGCUUAAGCAUGAACACCAUGGAUAAUACUGCAGCAUCUAAUAAGCAGGAUGUGGGCAUUUCUGCUGCUUUUCUGGCUGAUGUUCGACCUCAAACAGAUGGAUGCAAUGGCCUGAGAUAUAAUUUGACUUCAGAUAUCAUUGAAUCUAUAUUUAGGACUUACCCUGCGGUAAAAGUGAAAUAUGCUGAAAAUGUUCCUCACAAUAUGACAGAGAAAGAAUUCUGGACACGAUUCUUCCAGUCUCACUAUUUCCAUAGGGAUAGAUUGAAUGCAGGUUCAAAAGAUCUUUUUGCAGAAUGUGCCAAAAUGGAUGAAAAAGGGUUAAAAACAAUGGUAUCUCAAGGGGUGAAAAAUCCUUUACUAGAUUUAACAGCCUUGGAAGAUAAAUCUUUGGAUGAAGGUUAUGGUGUUUCCUUGGCACCUUCCACUUCCAACUCUACGAAAUCAAUAAAGGAGAGUAGCAAUACUGCCAUUAUAAAACGCUUUAACCAUCACAGUGCCAUGGUUCUUGCAGCUGGGCUCAGGAAACAAGAAGCACAAAAUGAUCAUUACAGCGAGACCAACAGUAUAGAUGGAAACUCCAGGGAUUCAGAUUUCUUUCAGCAACCAGUAAAAAAGGUAAAGCUGCAAGAGUCCAUUGAAUAUGAAGAUUUAGAAAACAACAACAGCAUUAAAACUAUUGCACUAAACUUAAGGAAAUCAGAUAGGUAUUAUCAUGGUCCAACACCAAUUCAGUCACAGCAAUAUGCAACUAGCCAAGAUAUUAUUAAUUCUUUGUAUAGUAUUAGAGAAGAAAUGGAAGUCUAUGUACCUAAACUAACUCAGGUUCUCUCAAGUGGUGCUGCAAGUAGUACUAUCACAGCCCUGUCACCUGGAGGAGCACUUAUGCAGGGAGGAACACAGCAAGCCAUAAAUCAAAUGGUGCCAAAUGAUGUUCAGUCUGAACUGAAGCACUUAUAUGUGGCAGUAGGGGAGCUGUUACGACACUUCUGGUCCUGCUUUCCUGUUAACACACCAUUCCUAGAGGAGAAGGUUGUGAAAAUGAGGAGUAAUUUGGAAAGAUUUCAAGUUACCAAACUCCGCCCAUUCCAAGAUAACAUUCGAAGACAGUAUUUAAGCACAAACCUGGUAAGUCACAUAGAAGAGAUGCUGCAAACAGCCUACAAUAAAUUCCACACAUGGCAGUCCCGACGUAUGCUGAAGAAAACGUGAAGACCCAGUGAUGACAACAUUUCUGAGUGGGAAGAAUUUGCAAUAGCUGUAGGGACACAACUACCCGAUGUGUAGAUCUUACAGACAUUGCAGGGGAAGUCAGCAUCAUGUGGACUCUUGAAAAGGAUGCUAACUGAACUUGCACACUUUUUGGAAAGGAACAGAGGUCAAACUUGAAAACUAGGGUGUUAAAAGGAACCAAACCAGAAGAGCUAAGUGGCAAAAAAAAAUCGAUAUAUAAAAAGACACUGUUUACUGCAGUUACUCAGGAACUGCUUUUGAUUUUCAUAAAGAGCUGCUUUCAGAAAUAAAAACUUUAAAAAGGGUGUAUUAAUAAAAUCCAAGAUUGUUUGUCUAGUUUUUUAAAGUGUAUCUCACAGGGUAGAACUUAACAUUUCUUUCUUUACAGUAUCCUGGCAUUUUAUUGAAUUCUGUUUGUACUUCUAGAAAAAGGUUUAACCUUUUAAAUAUAACAGACUGUUUUGUCUCAAAUUCCUAAAAAGCUUAGAUGCAGGAAGACAUGUUUUUGCCAGGUUUCCCUACAAAUCAACAGCCAAUGCACUGAGAAAGGUUUGGUGUUCAAAGGAGACACACUUGGCAGAAAGAGUGCAAAAUUUUAUGCAGGUUUUUUACCAGCCAUUGUUUGCAUGUUUUCCUUUGAGUGUGAGUGUGCUACUGCAAUUUUUUUAAGUAUGACAUUUGUUUGGAAGUGAGAAAUAAAUUUUAAAGUAAGUUUUAAGAAGCUUAUAGAAGUAAUAAUUUUUAUACCUUUAAGAAAAAACAAUCUUAAAUGUGCUUUUCUCAGUUCUCUCCUGAUGACUGUUAGCGCUAUAUUUGGCGAGUAGAUAAUCAUUAAAGAGUGGAUCUACAAUAGAUAUCUUUGGAAUCUGUACCACAUUCUGGUCCAAACAGAAGGCAAUUCACUCUUACCUAAGAUGUACCUGCCAUGUAUUAAAUACUUGACUUAUUAAAACAAAGUAAACUUGUUUUAUAUAGUCCAUGGAGUCAGACUCCUUAUAUUUUGUUGUCUUAAUGUCUUCCUCAUUAACAGUCUAUUCUAGGACCAAACAAAUGGCUUAGAUUUUGUGAGAUGAGAUGUAUUGACAUUUCAUGAACCAGUGGUUUAUUGCUGUAAAAACUAUUGCUUUCAGCGACAGUUGUUGGAAUUCAUUAGAAACUUAGCAACUGUCUCCUACUAUAUUCAGAAGAGUUCAUGCCCAGAAAAGAUUAUUAGGAGAACUGGAAUUGUAUUACUGAUUUAAAGUGUAGGGGGUUGCUACCCAUCAUGAGUGUUGAUUCACUCUAUAGCACUCACCAGUUUGAACCAGAAGAGUUACUGCUUGUGCAAGAGUGUGUAUAUCUGUACAUGCUCACACAGUGUGUUUCAGUUAUUGAUAUACUAUGGAGCAGACAAGGCAUUAUUUUUAAACUUGAUGCUGCUUGCCUUUUCAGAGAGGCUGCAUGUUGCUAGUUGCUACAAAACAGGAAAAAAUGUUUUUCUGCUGUUGGACCCAGAAGAAUAAAGUGAUUUGUGAAAAGUUGGAAUUAAUCAUGAAUAAUAAAAACUGAUGCUGCUAUGGGAAUUCCAUUUUGCUGAAUUAUGGCUCUGGUAGUAUGCGAUUACUUGUAUCUUGGGGUAAGCUACUCAAAGUGUAAUUACUUCUGAUGACCUUGUUGGCAUUGUACCAAUGAUAGGUUGCCCCAUCUUUGAGCAUCAUCUCUACAAAAAAAAGUUUAUUUGACUGCAAACUAAAAUGCAUUCAACACAUUCUCAGAUCGAGAAAUGCUUUGGUCAAGCUUGAGGGCUGAGCUGACACACACAUUUUAGUUGAUACUAUAGCUGUGGAGGCAUACAAAAGUAUGCAUUUGCACUAACAUUUGAGCAAUAAUUAGCUGAUGUGAAUUAUAAAGGUGGGUUUAAUCAACUAUUAUUUAGGCCGGUAAUUAGAUGGACAGUCAUUUGGAAAAAUAUUUUCUGAUUUCAUCCUAGUAUUUUAUACUUUCAUAGACUGAAGAAAAACUAAUUGCAGAAAUAUUCCAAAACAGAGCUAAGCACUUUGGAUAUAAUUUUUAAUUAUUUGACAAGAACCAUGAGACUCUCCUACCAGAAGAUGGCAAUAGCGAUUAUCAUGCACACUUUCCUUAGACAAUACUUACCUAUCUUUGCCAUCCCACCUCCACUGAUUCCAGUAAUAGUUAAGCAUGGUCCAAAACUGAUGAGUGACUUAAUCAUUUUCUGUCGAUUGUCUUUCAUUAACCCAUAUAGUCAUUGGAAUCUGAAGAUGAACUUGUAUUUAAUGGAAACUCAUAUAUAGCUUGUAUCACUGGCAUUGAUCAAAAGCUGUAGAAUAAAACCUGAAUUCUGUAGUCAA